AUGUCGUUUUCUGCCUCUGACCACACCUCCGAUAGCUUGUCUUCUGAAAACGCAGACAAACUACUAGUUAAUGUUGUGGAAAACCAAAUAAGUCAAGGUAGUAACCAUACCGGAGACAAAGUCAUUACAUCACGUGACGCUGAUGUCACGCUUGGGUUUCUGGUCGAUAAUGAUGCACUGGUUCCUGCUGUCAGUGAGGUUGAAGAAAGACGUCUUUCCAGAAACGUUGUUUGGAUCAUUGUACCUUUAUGUGCCCUCAUCGACUUCGUGCUCUAUGCUGAUAAGGCCACGGCGUCUUAUACCUCGAUUUUCGGUAUGUGGAAAGACACUAAUAUGGAUCAAAACAAGUACAGCAACUCCACGACACUGUUCUAUGUGGGCUACAUCAUAGGCCAGGGAAAUUUGUAUUUUCUUCAGAAGUACCCUGUUGGUCGCGUAGUGGCUGUUUUGAGUUUUCUGUGGUCACUCAUAAUUUACCUACAUACCGUGGCAACCACUUACCAGGGCAUUUAUGCUCUCCGUUUCUUUCUCGGUUUCGUCGAGGCAAUAGCCGUUCCGGCUCUCAACGUCACAAUGGGUCAAUUUUUAACUGCGGAAGAAAAGAGCUGGACUGCUCCUUUGUUCUAUAUAACUUGUCUGGGGAACGAGAUAGUCAUCGGCUUUAUCGCUUUUGGGAUUCUCCACGCUAAUCCACCCAUAGCGAUCUGGAAGCUUUUCAUGAUAGUGAUCGCGUCCAUAAGUCUGCUUGUCACGAUCCUGGUUCUUCUCUUGUAUCCCAACAAUCCUUCAGAUGCGCGCUUCUUAAAUGUUAAGGAGAAAGUCUGGGUCAUUAGAAGGGUCCAAAAGACAACUGGUUCCUCUAUUGAGCAAAAAGUUAUAAAGAAGCACCAAGUUAUUGAGGCCUUGAAGGACCCUGUUUCCUGGCUGUUCUGUGCCUUCUUUUUCUGUAAUCAGCUUUCGAACAACCUUGUUUACCAAGAGAAGCUGCUGUUCAAGGAAAUUGGAGUAUCGACUCUGGGCUCUACUUUAGUAUCUGUUGCAUAUGGUGGAUUUGCGGUGAUCUGUGCCAUUAUAGCUUCAAUAAUCAUUCGGAAGAAAAAGAACUCCACUGCUUACUCUGUGGUGUUUUGGUCUCUCUUUCCACUCGCAGGCAGCAUAGCAAUGGUCACUCUACCCUGGCACGAAAAGUAUGCACUUUUGGCCAUGAUUUGCAUAUGUGCUCCCAAAGGAAUUGCUUGGAUCCUGAUGUUUAGCUGGACUUCCACCUCAACUUCUGGACACACGAAAAAAAUCACCAGGAACGCACUGAUCAUGUUCUGGUAUGGAAUUGCCAAUAUUAUUGCUCCACAGCUUUGGAGAAGUAACGAUGGCCCCAGAUAUUAUCGCGCUUGGAUCGUUCAAAUGGUGUUUGCAUUUAUUUUGGCUCCGGGAGUUGCGCUGGCUAUUCGGUUCAUCUUGGCUAGAAGAAAUAAAGAGAGAAGCUCGCUUUCGAACAUCGAUACGCCUUUAGGCUUUAUAAAAAACGGGGACACCGAGUCUGUCGCUACGAUAAAGGGUAACAUUGCGCUUUUAGACCUCACUGAUCUGGAGAACGACCAGUUUGUCUACCCGCUGUAA